AAUGUAAAAAAAGAUCGAUUUGAAACUUAAUUCAUAUUACAAAAUUAAUAUAUAUAAAAAUGGUUGUCCGGAAUAUUCAAAAUAUUACAAGUAGUGGUAAAAUUGUACGAAAUAUUCAAUCACGAGCAAAUUUAUUUGGAAAAAAGACUCAUCGACCUGCAUUCUGGAAUUUGUUUCAAUUACACGAUGAACAGUCACAGUCACAGAAAUCAUAUUCUAGUCUUAGAUGCUUUUAUACUACUGGUACACAGUACCAAGCUUUGGCUAAAUUAAGCCCGCAAGAGGUUACCACGAUAUUACGAGCAAAUGAAUAUACUCAUGAUUUUACUGAAGUGAAUUCAGUAAAGUCAUACGAUUCGAAUCAGUUAGCAUCGAACAAUCCAAUUGAAGAUACUCGUGCUGAAGCUGCGUGCUUAAUGACUGAGGAAAAAUGGUUUGAAAUUGGAAAUUUUUUUGGGGGUUUAUUAAUGGGUGUAUUUGAUGGUCAUGGUGGCGGUUCAUGUGCACAAGUUUUAGCAAAACGUUUAUUUCAUUAUAUAACAGCUAGUCUAUUACCACCACCGUUGUUACAACAAUAUUUACAAGAUUUACAAGAUGGCAAACAUACUGAUUUAAUUAAUUCAUUUAAUGAUAAAGUACAAUUGGUUGAAGAUAUUGCAGGUGUUUAUAAAGACAGUUUUCUGCGUUUUAUUCAUGAUUUGAAUAAUACACCUGGACAACCAAAUUUUGAAAUGAAAACAGUCUUAGAAAAUGCAUUUUUACGUUUAGAUAAUGAUCUAUCCGAUGAAGCAUUAAGAAUUGAUGAAAAAAUGACAAAUAUUGAUGAUAAGACUAAAUUAAAAACAUUAUCCGUUGCAAUGUCUGGUGCUGUUGCAUGCGUUGCCCACAUAGAUGGGCCUCAUUUACACGUAGCAAAUGUUGGUGAUUGUAGUGCUGUGCUAGGUGUACUCAGUGAUACAAACGUAUGGAUACCAAAAAAAUUGACAAUCGAGCAUAAUUACGAAAAUACUUCGGAAGUGAAACGAAUUGUUAAUGAACAUCCGCCUAGUGAAGAGAAUACUGUUAUACGUAUGGAACGUUUAUUAGGACAAUUAGCACCGUUACGAGCAAUGGGUGAUUUUCGUUAUAAAUGGAGUAAAGAAAUUAUGGAAACAGUUGUAGCGAAGCAUUAUGGUGAACGUGCAAUACCAUUACAUUAUUUAACACCACCUUAUUUGUCGUCGAAACCGGAUGUUUCGUAUCAUCGAUUAACACCAAAAGAUAAAUUUUUAGUGAUUGCUUCGGAUGGUUUAUGGGAUUUGAUUUCUCCACUUCAAGUUGUAAGGUUAGUUGGUGAACACAUGAGUGGUAAGGUAACAUUAAGUCCACUAAAACUACCACGCAAAGAUAUGACAUUCAAUGAAAUCAACGAAAUGUUAUUACAACGUAAAGAAGGUCUCAAAAUGAAACCAAUUGAUGAGAAUGCUGCAACACAUUUAAUACGUAAUGCACUUGGUGGUACUGAAUAUGGUCUCGAUCAUGGUAAACUAUCACAAUUAUUAACAUUACCACCAGAUGUUGUACGUGUAUUUCGUGAUGAUAUCACAAUUACUGUUAUUUAUUUUGAUUCUGAAUAUUUACGACACUGUCCUAUGUAAAAAAAAAGCUCAUUUAAUUAAAUAGUCUCAUGCUUUAAACUCUUAGCUUUGUAUGUUAUCACACAAGAAAAAUUUAGUCUCUCUAUGCUAACUAUUAUCGAAAUGAAGGAAAACGUGAAAAGUUAAUUCAUUAAAUAUACAGAGGGUAUGUUGAUAAAUAUUAUUCUACUUUGAUUUGUAGAAGAGGCUCUAUGGGAAUUUUUGUAACCUUCAAAGUGUAAUUUGACUGGAUAAUAAUGUCGAUUUAUGCCGUCUUGGCUCAUUUUAGAAACUUUGUAAUAGAACUAAAAUGUUAAUACAAACUUUUUUUCAGUGUAUUCCUUAUGUAUUAUUUCUUGUUUAAGUUUUUAUUUUACUGUCAAAAGUCUAGUAUUUCACUUGAAAUUAGUAAAUAAAUUCCUCGGAGAUUCAAGAGUCAUAGAACGCCGACGUGUGGCAGAUGCAAAUAAUCAAAACAAAUCACCUCCCAAAAUUUGAUAGACCUCUUAAGUAAUUCCCUUGCAGAACGAAGAUGUAUAAGAGAUAAAUUAUACUGUUCACAAUAUGGUUAAACAAAUUUUAAAAUUUAGUAAUUGUUUUGUCAAUAAGGGAUCGGACUAAAUUUUUUUUAUCACUUCAGAUGAAGAAUUCUCACUGGACGUGCAGAAAAGUGAAAUUGAUUUUGAAAUAUCUUUACUAGUAUACAAGAUAUGCACGUUUAAAAUUCCUAAUUAAACAAAGAGGAAGAUACUCAUUAGUGG